ACCAUGGAGGCCCAGAACAGCAACAACCACCAUCAGCACAACCUGGAGAACCAAGACAAACUGCACCAGCUGCCUGGGCAGGACUUCCAAGAGCAGAGGAAACUCCCUGGACACCAGUAUUGCUGCACGAUGGCAAACUUCCACAUGGGAAAGAAGAUCGGCAGGGGCCAGUUCAGCGAGGUGUACCGAGCCACGUACCUGCUGGAGAGCAGGCAGGUUGCUCUGAAGAAGGUCCAGAUAUUUGAAAUGAGGGAUGUAGAAGUGCGUCCGGACUAUAUCAAGGAAAUAGACCUUCUGAAGGUAAGUUUGACUCGAGAAGACUUUACCCAUGCUUUGGGGCAUGGUAGCACUGUGGUUAGCCCUGUUGACUUGCACCCCUGGGAUCAAGGUUCUAGUCUCUGUCAUGGCUCCAUAUGUGUGGAGUUCUUAUGUUCUCCCCGUGUCAUCAUGGGGUUUUCUCCGGGUACUCUGGAUUUCCCCUCACUGUCCAAAAACAUUUGCUCGUGAUUUCCUUGGCUUUGGCGCUACACUUUAAUGGUCCUUGUGAUGACAGGGAAGUGAAAGAGGGUAGAAGUGUGAAGAAAGUGGGAGAAGAGCAUGGGAGCAGGGAGCCCCUCCCCCUCAGGCUGACACUCAAGGGCCACAGCACUGCUUGUGAGCUGCUAGAAUUAACCUGGUAACAAUGUAUUUCUGUUUUCAGGAGUCAGACUUCGGCGCACAUGUGCUCUCGUGAUUUGUUUUUUUUUGUGUGUGUCUCGGAAAAUGACUUGAGCCAUAAACAGAUCGGCAAGUUUUCGGGGCCAAGUGUGGGUCUGCGGAGAAACGAGAGGUGAAAUGGGGAGCGGAUCUCAUGCGGCUGGCAUCCGAUUCACCCUUUAGUUCGUGUAACCGCACCCCCCCACCCACCAAAGGGCAGAUG